AAUAACCCCUGCUGUCAAACAGCUGUCAAAAAUAUCCCCUUUCGGUGAACAACAACAACAACAAAAUAGCCCAUUGUUUUUGAAAAUAAAUUCUUUUUGUUUUAUUCAUCAAGGAUCGAUAAAUUCAUUAAAUUGCGAAAUUAAAUUUUAUUGCGUAAGCGUAAAAAUAUGGAAAUCUUCUAAUUUCAUUACAAUUUAUUUUGCCCCAGAAAACUGUCCAGCCUGGCUUGAUCUUCGCUCAUGCCGAUUUGACGUUCCACUGUUCCACAGCUGGGCUGCAUGAUAAGAAUUCGUCAACAAGUUGUUUACUACUACGUUUGCUCGCACACGCUCUCACUCACUAGCGUGCAUUCGCUGCAAUUAAUUCCUUUCCCUUCAUUCAUUCCGCCGUUAAUCGCCUGCAAACAUCGAGCAAAAUCAUGAACGUUCUCCAGAAAGCGGCCGCGUGCUGUGUAAAAACCAUCCCACGCAACGUAUUGCUGCGCCAUUCGUCUCACUUUGUGUAUCAGCCCGAUGCGAAGCCACCGGUCGAGGGGCCCACGCAGAAGAUGAACAUGUUCCAGGCCAUCAACCAAGCGAUGGACAUUGCGCUGGAGCAGAACGAAUCGGCGCUGGUGUUCGGUGAGGACGUGGCGUUCGGUGGCGUGUUUCGUUGCUCGAUGGGCUUGCAGAAAAAGUACGGCAAGAGCCGGGUAUUCAACACGCCACUCUGCGAACAGGGCAUUGCCGGGUUUGCGAUCGGAGUGGCCAAUACGGGUGCGAAGGCGAUCGCUGAGAUGCAGUUUGCGGACUACAUCUUCCCGGCAUUCGAUCAAAUUGUGAACGAAGCGGCCAAGUAUCGGUACCGUAGCGGCAACCUGUACGACUGCGGUUCGCUCACCUUCCGUGCGCCGUGCGGUGCCGUAGGGCAUGGUGCCUGCUAUCACUCCCAAAGCCCCGAAGCCUACUUCGCUCACACGCCUGGGCUGAAGGUGGUAGUACCGAGGGGCCCGAACAAGGCGAAGGGACUACUGUUGGCCUGCGUGAAGGACAACGAUCCGUGCAUCGUAUUCGAACCGAAAACACUGUACCGUGCUGCGGUGGAAGAGGUUCCUGUCGCUGCGUUCGAAUCGCCGAUCGGUAAAGCGGAUGUGCUGCGCACCGGCACCGAUAUCACACUGAUCGGUUGGGGUACGCAGAUUCACGUGCUGCAGGAAGUUGCCGGCAUGGCAAAGCAGCAGUUCGAUGUUAGCUGCGAGGUGAUCGAUCUCGUUUCGAUCCUCCCAUGGGACAAGGAAACGAUUUGCAAUUCGGUGAAGAAAACUGGGCGCGCACUGAUCGCCCACGAAGCCCCCUUGACGAACGGAUUCGGAGCGGAGUUGGCCGCUACCAUCCAGGAAGAAUGUUUCCUGCACCUGGAAUCGCCGGUGCUGAGGGUGACCGGUUGGGACACACCGUUCCCGCACGUGUUCGAACCGUUCUACAUUCCCGACAAGCACCGGUGCCUGGCGGGCAUUCGAAAGCUGAUCGAUUACUGAAAACCUGUGCUGACAACAAACGGUAGUGAAGGAAGCCGCGCGUGCCGUUUGGCGCCAAUCCUUUUUUCACUUUAAAAAGUUCUACAAGCCGUGUCCACACAACCAACACAAGCUCCACAUUCCAGAUCGUCGUCGUCGUCGUCGUCGUCGUCGUUGGUUCAAAAUCAAUACGGAUACGCGCGCAAGCAACGGAUGCAUUUAUAUUUGACAAGUCCCCCGGAAGGCGUGCUGGCGGCGUCCUAGCGGGCUCGAUUCAUGUGUAUACCAGCCAGCUCUGUCACAACGUUAAACCACUUCCUUGUGCCUUAUAAAAGCUUUUUUCUACCUGCAAUGUUAUCUUCCCCUCUCUUUCAUUUUUGCAGAACAUUCCGAACCCAUUUCUUUCCGCAUAGACGCACACAGCACAUAAUGCGCGAUUGCUAGUAAUGGUUUAAAAUAUAUUUUCUCACUAUAGAUCGAAGAGAAAACAAAAACAAUUGGUAGAAAAAGAGAACAUAGAAUGCAAUUGCGUGUGGUGUGUUGCGUCAGUAUUACAACAAUAAAUAGGCACUUGUUAAUAGUUACAACAAUUCUAUCCUUCCUUUCGUGUGCUGGUUUGAGUUAGGAA